GGACACUGGUCCUGUAACCCAUCCGUACAACAAAUCACACACUUCACUCUUCUUCUCUCUUUCUUCUUCUUCACACACACACACACACACAAUCUCGACUAAGAUCUCUGCUUCCCUUCCACCAUGGCCACACUCUUCGACUCUCUCGUCCUCGUUGGCCUCCCUUCCGCCGUCUCCUCUUCCGUCGCCGCUCGCCCCACCUCCGCCAAGCUCCCGCAGUGCAUCGGCCUCAGACUCAGACCAACCGUCGCGCGAUUUGUGGCAGCCUCCGCUCCCAAAGUCGCCUCACACACCAUGCGCGUUGUGCGCGAGGCUCAGGAUACCGUCGUCGAUGUGGCUCCUAUUACUGAUGCAAAUUGGCAAUCCCUUGUCCUUGAAUCUGAUUCUGCUGUUCUGGUUGAAUUCUGGGCUCCAUGGUGUGGUCCCUGCCGAAUGAUUCACCCCAUAAUUGAUGAGCUUGCAACGCAAUAUGCUGGGAAGCUGAAAUGUUACAAACUCAACACUGAUGAGAGCCCUUCAACUGCAACUCGGUAUGGAAUUCGAAGCAUUCCCACUGUUAUGAUCUUCAAGAAUGGUGAGAAGAAAGAUACAGUUAUUGGUGCUGUGCCCAAGUCAACGUUGACCACAAGCAUAGAAAAAUUCGUUUGAGGUGGUAAGUACAAGAGGCCAUUGCUAGAACAAAAGCUGUUUUUCCUAUAACCUCCUUUUGUUCUUAGCCUCGUCUCUUUUAAGUUUCGAUAAUUUGAUUACUCAAAUACUCAUUUACUCUUCUGUACAGUUAUUGGAUGCAACCUUGUUUUCUGUUUUUUAGAUUAUUCUAGUUACCAAUAAGAUAAGUGAAUUUGCCAUUGAAUCAUGGCAAAAUUUGAAUUGAGUUUUCAUAUUUU